AUGACAAUACAUGUGCCCUACUUCUAUGAUUGUGUUAGAGAAGGUGGGCUUAUGGGGAUCUUUAUUGUAUUGUUCAUCACAUCAGAUGCUUUGGGUCACUUCGAAAACACAUCUAACGUAAAUCGGCUACCUAAUAAUUAUAAUUAUUCUACUACAGACAACAUUAUCAUUUUUCACGCAUUCAACGAAGAAGAAUACAAUGAAAGUGAAAUAGUUACCGACAUUCCAAUUGAUGGAACAAGAAACAACACAAAUAUAUCGCACUUGAAGAUAAAUUGGAACGAUUGGAAUCCGAAGCUUAAAUUUCCCGGCAUUAACUCGGAUAAACAAUAUAGAAUGGCAACUUUACACUUGAACAGAGGAAUAUUUAUUUUCGACUUUCUUCGAAAAUUUCUGUCAUUUAUUCAACCUUAUGACGUACCUGUUGACUUAUUAACCGAUGCAAUUGAAAACCGGUUAGAUACAUCAAAAUUGAUAUCCGAGUCCAUACGCCUAGAAGCAGUUCUGUUAGCAGUACUCGGCAUGUGUUGUAUUUUGUGCUGCAUAAUACCUGGAAUAGAACUUUGGCUUGCAUGCCGUCCUACAAGGGAGGAUUAUAAACCAACUCAACAUCCUAAGCUACUUGUAUUCUUCCUCACUUUUUUCUUCGGCCUUCUUGGAGCGAUUAUCAUUACGAUGAUCGUGUGUAACGAAACAGUCUCAAAAAGUGUAGAGAAAUUUCCCAUUGUAAUUGAAGCUGCUUUGCAAGAUCUAAACGACUACCACAGUAGUACAACUAUUCAACUGCGAAAAUGUUUGUCGAGAAGUUUGGAUGUGGCUAGCGAGGCAAUUCUGGCGGAUUUAGAUAAUAUAGAAGAAUUAUUAGGAAGACCAGUACAAACUGAAUUAGCCAGUGAAACAGGACUAGAUAUUGCAUUAGAUGCGCUCGUAGUUCUUGUAAAUGCUAGCCAUACAGUGUCAGAUAGUGUUGAAAAUUUGUUAAAAGAUGCUGAAAAUAUUCUCAGCUUUGGAAAACAAUUAAAUAUAGAACUUAGCGAUAUGCGUAGAAAUUUGAACACUGCGCUAGAUGCCUGUGCUGGCCAAGAUCGUCCUCUUUGCACCCUUAUCGAUUCCUCUAGCUUGCGAUUAACUUUGCGGAUGGAUCAGUUUGUGAAAGAUGAUCGUCUAUUACGUCUACGUGAUUUCAAACGACAAAAUUUAUCAGAAACUAUUCGCCAAUCUCGAGGAGAAUAUUUAUAUAUUCCACAAUAUAUUGCCAGGAAUAGUUUAGAAGUCCGAAAUCAAAUUCGACGCGAAGUCACUAAAAUGCGCGCUAGAAUUUUUGACGAAGCGCGAAACAUGGAAGCAAGCAAUUCUGAACUCAUUAAGCAGUUGGAGUCUGCAAGACGAUUAGUGGAUUAUGCCACACCGUAUAUAAUUAUUUUUGAACAUAUCAGAUGGCUUAUAGGUAUUGGUACUAUUUUAUGUGUCCUACUUAUCUGGUUGCUACUGUUUGGAGCCCUUUGUUGUGGUUGUGGUUCUUCUGAACAUAAAAUGCGACCUAUGCUUCUAUGUGGCGUUGUUGUGGCUUUUUUUUUUUUUGUUUUUAUGUUAAUCUGUCGUCCGCUUCACGAUCCAAAUUUCAUUAUAAUAGAAGCUAUCUUGGAGACGCGACUGUUCUUAGGGAAGAAAUUAAGUGUACCUUUGAAGGAUCUGUUCAAGAAAUGCCAAGACGGCGAGCCGGCUUAUCCUGUUUUUGGUUUAGGAAAUGCAAUGAAGUUAGAGCAACUUACUGCAUAUUGGACUUGGUCUAGCUUCUCUAGAAUUAUACUAAGACUGAAAGUCAAACUGAAGGAUUUAAAAAUAUUCACGCCUAAUUUGCAACGACAACUGCUGAAUCUUCUAUAUGCUUGUGGAUUGAAUUUAACAGAACACAGAAUUAUGAUCCAAGGACGAAUUUUAAGUAAAGAUUUGGAAGAUCUCUCAGAUCAAUUGGACAAAGUUACUCGGCAAAUGAGCGAUAGGAUGACAGCCAGAAGUUUGGAGACUAUUGUAUUAAACAUGCAAGAUCUAUAUCUAAAACGCGUGAAACCUGUAAUAAAAUUACAAGAUAUGCUGCUAUAUAAACUUGCUGGAUUAGAAUUGCAAAUACAGCCGCUUGAACGUCAAGUUAAUCAAUCGAUUUUUCAACUGAAGGCUGUUGAAUACUAUAUUCAGAAUCAAGCAGAUAAAAUUGCUCAGUUGAAAACAAAUAUGUAUGUCAACCGACUGAGUAAUUACCUGGAUCAAUGGAGAUCUCAUGUAUUAUCUGAAAUGGGAAAUGAAGUAGUGAAGUGCCGGCCACUUUGGGAUGUCCUAGAAGGAAUUAGAUAUUUAAUAUGUAAUCAUUUUUUAGGUAAUUUGAGUGGAUACUGGUUUUCCACAUUCUUGUGCACAGUUAUUAUGAUAGCCACUACACCAAUUGCUCAUGUUUUGUCUCUAGUAUAUAAAACGCCGUCGACUGUUUCUAAAAGUGCCAGUCAACUGCCAACAAGAUCAGAAGGCCCUCAAACUGAAGUUAACGAGGAGGAAACUUGGCAUACGCCCGAGUAA